AUGGUAAAAUAUAAUAAGCAUUAUAAAAAUAAUAAAGAGUAUCUAAAACGUUUUGAUAUUUUUCAAGAUAAUUACAAUUUUAUUUUAAAUCAUAGAAAUAAAAAUGGUGAAAAUAUUGAAAUGGAUUUAAAUGAAUAUUCAGAUUUAACACAAAAAGAAUUUGCUGAUAAAUUUUUUGAAAAAUUAGUACCUGAACCUAGAUCUGGACCAAUUAAUGAUAUUAAAGCAACACCUUUUAAACAUAAUGUUAAUGCAACAAUUCCAAAAUCAUUUGAUUGGAGAGAUCAUGGAGCUGUGGGUAAAGUAAAAAACCAAGGAUCAUGUGCAUCAUGUUGGUCAUUUAGUGCACUCGGAGCUCUAGAAGGCCACUAUUAUAUUAAAUAUGGUGAAUUAUUGGAUUUAAGUGAACAAAAUUUGGUGGAUUGCGCAACACCAUUCGGCCCAAAAGGUUGUAAAACUGGAUGGAUGCAUGAUGCAUUUAAAUAUAUCAUUUCAAGUGGUGGUGUUAAUUUGGAAUCACAAUAUCCAUACACAGGAAAGGAUGAAGUUUGUAAAUUUAAUCAAAGUGAAAAAGAAGCAAAGGUAUCUGGAUUUGUAAUGAUUCCAAAAUUUGAUGAAAGUGCUCUAAUGGAAGCAAUUGCUUUAUAUGGUCCUGUUGCAGUUCCAAUUGAUACGUCAACUAAAGAAUUUCAACAUUUAAGUGGUGGAAUAUAUUAUAGUGAUUCUUGUGACCCAUGGAAUACCAUACAUGCUGUUUUGGCAAUUGGAUAUGGAACUGAUGAAAAUGGUGUAGAUUACUUUUUAAUGAAAAAUUCUUGGGGAAAAAGCUGGGGAACAAAUGGCUUUUUCAAAGUUAAAAGAGGAGUUAAAGGAAAAUGUGGGAUUGUCACAGCAGCAUCUUACCCUAUAGUUGCUUAA